AUGGUGCAGAUCCAGACAGUAGGGACCACCAACAGAGUGGACAGAAAUCACAGAAAUCACAGCUCUGAAGACCACCUCUACAGCAACUUUGACCACUACAGUCUCUACUCCCACUUCCGGAAUGCUGACUCUCCUCAGGACAUCAGUUUUGCAGCAGAGACCAGCCCAGCUGGUCAAACUCUGACUAUUUCUCCUGGUAAGCCAGAUAGAACAGUCUCAUUGAUUACACAUCCUGAGUCACAGACUGGAUCAGCCAUUCCAACUCCAACCAUCUCCCCUAGUGUAAAAGGGGUAGAAAUCUCACCAGUCACCAAUUCUGAGGCAGAAGACAGUACAGCAUUUAUAACUCUGACUGAUGAACUAGAGGCAACAGCCUCACAGGUCACCCAUGCUGGAACAGAAGCCUUUUCCACUGUUGGAGCUUUGACUGUUUCCCCUGGUGAGCCAAAUUCAAGAGCUCCAUGGGCUCAUUCCACAGAGAACAGCACACCUGUUUCCAGAAUAACUCCGGAUUUUUCUCAAAGUGAACUAGACACCACACUCUCAACGGCCACCACUCCUAGGGCAGAAGCUAGUUCAGUCACUCCAACAAUCACUGUCUCACCUGGUGUACCAGAUAUGGUGACCUCACAGGUCACUAGUUCUGGGACAGAUGCCAGUACAACCUCUUUGACUCUGACUGAAUCCCUGCAUGAAUCAGAUACAACAGUCACUUAUCCUGCAACAUCCAGCCCAACAGUUCCUGGGACAACCCCCCAUGUUUCCCAUAGGGAAUCAGACAGCAUGCCCUCAACAGCCACCAGCCUUGAGACAGAAACCAGUUCAGCUGCUCCAACUAUACCUAUCUCCCCUGGUGUACCAGACAUGGUGACUUCACAGGCCACUAGUUCUGGGACAGGUGCCAGUACGGUUCCUUCACCUCUGACUCUUUCUGCUGGCAAACCAGUAAGCACAGUCUCAUGGGUUAAUCAUGAUGGAGCACAAACCAGUUUUUCCAUCUCAACUCCAACUGUCUCCCCUGCUAUAUCAGAGGUGGGGACCUCAAUGGUCACUAGUUCUGGGGCAGAGACCAGUGCAACUUUUCUAACUCUUACUGAUUCCUUGCAUGAUUCCGAGACAACAGCCUUAUGGGUCACUCAUUCUGCAAAGACCGGCACAUCUGUUUCCAGAAUAACUCCACACGACCAGUUCAGCCAUUCCAGCUCCAACUGUCUCCUCUACUGUGCCAGAGCUGGUGACCUCAAUGGUCACCAGUACUGGGGAAGAAGCCAGUACAAGUUUUACAACUCUGACUGUUUCUCCAGAUCAACUGGAGACCACAGCUUCAUGGGUCACCCAUUCUGGGACAGAAGCCAAUUCAGCUGCUCCAACUCAGACUGA